GCAGGGAUGUGACCGCUGUCUGAGAGACGCCACCACCCGGACAGAGACAACACCGAGACCCCCCAAAACACAUCAGUAGACCCCGGUUUGCCCGUGCGGUGGGAAACCCCGAGGAUCAGGGCCUCUGGAUGACACCAGCAGCAGACACACACUUUAAAUUCUUAGCUUUUAUUAGCUGAGGCAGCUAACGCCAUGUCUGUCCCCGCGUUAGGAAUAAACGCAUAUGGAUGAUUUUGGGCAGCUCUUGGUGAAAGUGAAGGGGGACUAAAAACCGGAGAGGGGUACGACCGAGAGCCGAGGCCGUGGAGUGAAUGUCCAAACAGAACGUCCCUUUCAGGCAUGAUGGAAGAACUCCAGAGCCAGGCUAUUAGCCUGGACCCACGCAGGCAAGAACUGCUUGAGGCCCGCUUCACAGGAGUCGGAGUGGCAAAGGGUUCGGCCCAAAAUGAGUCGUCCAACCAGUCCCUAGGCAGUGUGAGCUCACUCAGUGACAAGGAGCUAGAGACACCAGAGAAGAAGGUCAGUGACCAGAGAAGCAGGAAGAGAAAAGCAGACAUCUAUGAUAGCAGCCAGGGAAAGGGAAGAGGGCACAAAAUAAGUGACUACUUUGAGUUUGCUGUUGGCAGUGGCCCAGGCACCAGUCCUGCCUGGGGCAUCCCCCCACUGGUGCGCUCCUCUCCACAGCACUCACUCUCUAAUCCUCCGGUUCAGCACGGCAGUCCCUCAUCCACAGGCUCAGCCCACACAGACCCCUCCUCUUUCAGCUCUGUCAAGAUGCCCCCCUCACAGUUUCACAAAGCCACUCAGUCAGAGCUGACGCUGUUGAAGCUGAUAGCACUAGAGAAUGACAAGAACUCUGAUCUGGAGAAGAAAGAAGGGAGGAUAGAUGACCUACUGAGGGCUAACUGUGACCUGAGGCGGCAGAUAGAUGAGCAGCAGAAGAUGCUAGAUCGCUAUAAGGAGAGGCUCAACAAGUGUGUGACCAUGAGCAAGAAGCUCCUGAUUGAGAAGUCAAAGCAGGAGAAGAUGGCAUGUAGGGACAAGAGUAUGCAGGACCGCCUGCGUCUGGGCCAUUUCACCACCGUCCGUCACGGAGCUUCAUUCACAGAGCAGUGGACAGAUGGAUACGCUUUCCAGAACCUCAUCAAGCAGCAAGAACGAAUUAACUCACAGCGGGAGGACAUAGAGAGGCAAAGAAAGUUGCUGGGAAAGAGGAAGCCUCCUUCCAUGGCCCAGACGCCUCCACCAAGCCUUGAACAGAACAAACGCAAGAGCAAGACCAAUGGCCAGGAGAAUGAAGCGUUGUCGCUUGCAGAAUACCAUGAGCAAGAGGAGAUUUUCAAACUUCGACUUGGUCAUCUGAAAAAGGAAGAGGCAGAAAUCCAAGCAGAGCUGGAGCGAUUGGAAAGGGUGAGGAACCUGCACAUUCGGGAACUGAAGAGAAUCCAUAACGAAGACAAUUCGCAGUUUAAAGACCACCCUACACUGAAUGACCGAUAUCUGCUGUUACACUUACUUGGAAGAGGUGGCUUCAGUGAAGUCUACAAAGCCUUUGACCUGACAGAACAGAGGUACGUGGCUGUUAAAAUCCACCAGCUCAACAAGAACUGGAGGGAGGAGAAGAAGGAAAACUACCACAAACAUGCUUGUAGAGAAUACAGAAUCCACAAAGAACUGGACCAUCCUAGAAUAGUCAAACUCUAUGACUACUUCUCGCUCGACACAGACUCGUUUUGCACUGUGCUGGAGUACUGUGAGGGCAAUGACCUGGACUUUUACUUGAAACAGCAUAAGCUGAUGUCGGAGAAGGAGGGCCGCUCCAUUGUCAUGCAGAUUGUCAAUGCCCUCAAAUACCUCAACGAGAUCCGGCCACCCAUCAUUCACUACGACCUCAAGCCCGGGAACAUCCUGCUGGUGAAUGGCACUGCCUGUGGAGAGAUAAAGAUCACAGACUUUGGCCUGUCCAAGAUUAUGGAUGACGACAGCUACAACCCAGUAGAUGGCAUGGAGCUGACAUCUCAGGGAGCAGGGACCUAUUGGUACCUGCCUCCUGAGUGUUUUGUGGUGGGUAAGGAACCCCCCAAAAUCUCCAACAAGGUAGAUGUGUGGUCAGUGGGGGUCAUCUUCUACCAGAGCCUCUACGGACGCAAGCCGUUUGGUCAUAACCAGUCCCAGCAGGAUAUCCUCCAAGAAAACACAAUUCUAAAAGCCACUGAGGUGCAGUUCCCCCCAAAACCUGUGGUUACCACAGAAGCCAAGGCCUUCAUCCGACGCUGCCUGGCCUACCGCAAGGAAGACCGUGUUGAUGUGCUGCAGCUGGCCAGUGACCCUUUUCUCAUGCCACAUAUUCGCAAGGCCCUAGGCACCGGCAGCACUCCUCUGGCUCCUCCAAUGCCCUCCACCUCCAGCUCUUAUAAUAGCAGCGCCUCCAACUGA